UUUUAUAAAAGAGGCAUCAACUUACACCUUGCACGUUUUGUAAGCAAUUUCACUUUCAUAAUCGAUCUCAGUGUGUGAGUGUAUCAAAGUUGCAUAUAUUUUUAAAUUAGCUUAUUACCUUAUCUUCAAAAACAACUAGUGCAUUUACUUUUUUUUUUUUAUCUUUCAGAAUAACACGUGAAAAGUAUUCGAAAUAAUUUUUUUUAUUUUUACAUUUUUCUAACGUUUAUUUAAAUAUUUUUUUCAUACAUUUGAAUUCAAUUUGUUCGUUAGGAAGGACACUAUCAGCUGAAACAAUGUUGACGGAUAUGGAACAAAUGCCGUCAGUAAAACUUGGAGAUUAUACUCUUCAGUUUGAACUUGGUACACCUAGCCCGGAAAUGUUAAAAGUUGCCAAGGAUGAGCUCAGAGAAACACCGGAAAUUCAAAGAAAAGCUAUUGAUGAAUUGCGAGAAUUACUUUCAAAAGAAACUAAUUUAAAAUGUCCAUUGGAUAAUGAAUCAUGGCUUAUUCGUUUUUUGCGACCAUGUAAAUAUUAUCCAGAAUCAGCAGUUAAACUUGUAAAAGAAUAUUAUUCAUUUAAAGUUAAACAUGAAAAUGUUUAUGCUAAUUUAAAACCAAGUAAUGAAAAAAAUAUAUUUGAACAAAAUAUAUUAACUGUAUUACCAAAUCGUGAUCAACAUGGUAGACGUAUAUUAAUUCUUGAACUUGGUAAAAAAUGGAAACAUAAUAAAGUUAGUCUUGAUGAAGUUUUCAAAGGUGCUGUAUUGUAUCUUGAAGCAGCAAUGUUAGAGCCAAUAACACAAAUUGCUGGUGCUGUUGUUAUAUUAGAUAUGGAUGGUUUGAGUCUUCAACAAACAUGGCAAUUUACACCACCAUUUGCUAAGAGACUUGUUGAUUGGCUUCAAGAUGCUGUACCACUUAGAAUUAAAAAUAUUCACAUCAUCAAUCAGCCAUAUAUUUUCAAUAUGGUAUUUGCUCUAUUUAAACCAUUUCUUCGACAAAAAUUAAAGGACAGAAUUAUCUUUCAUGGAACUGAUCGUAAAUCAUUACAAAAAUAUAUGUCAUUAAAUUCAUUGCCACAAUGUUAUGGUGGUACUCUUCAACUAUCCAGAAUAAGUGGCUCUCAAUGGUAUGAACUUUUAAUGAUGUGCGAUAAAGAGUAUGAAGCAAUCAACUCUUAUGGCAUUAUCAAGAAAAAAUAGAUAAUAUCUUCAAGCAAAUUUACUCUUUUUUUUUUCCUUUUCAUAUGCAAGGUUUAUAAUAUUUUUAAAA